GAUUUCAUUCACGGUUACCACCUCUACACUCGCUUAACUGCCAAACUUAAUUUCUGCUACAAGAACUAAACAAUUUCGCACUAAGAGAAAAUGCUGCGUAUCCUUGUUAUUUUGGCUAUAAUUGUGGCUUCGGUCGGUGCCACCACUGUACAGCAGUGCAAGAACAAGCCAGCUCCUUUGGGCGUUAAUAUUAAGGAUUGUGACCAACCACCAUGUGUUGUCUACAAAGGAACUAUUGCCGAGAUGGAGGUGCACUUCCUGGGCAAUAAUGACAAUAUAAAAAGCAUUACUGCCGUUGUAACGGCAAAGGUCCUGGGCAUGAAUCUGCCAUAUGCACUUCCCGAGGAGGUGUCCAAUGUUUGCAUCAACCUGCUGUAUGGUGCCAUGUGUCCCAUUGACAAGGACGAGGAUGUCACUUACCAAUUCAACUUCUACGUGGAUCCUUCGUUUCCGGAAAUCACGGCGGAUGUCACUGUAACACUUAAUGAUGCCCAAAAUGAACCAAUCACGUGUUUCGUCGUGUCCUGCAAAAUCCGGAAGUGAGCGACUAUAAGACAAAAACAUUUAAGACUGAACAAACCCUAACGGAUUAAAAAACAUUAAGACCAUGGAAUGAAACGUAA